AGAGGAUGGAUUUGAUCUGUUGUUGCCACACGUGGAAGUGAAAUGACUCCAGCAGAACACUGGUUGCAACGGAUUCCACCUAUUGUGAGAGCGUGACAACUGCCUAGAAAAAGAACUAUAUAUUUCUGCCUACCUCAGAUGGGACAUCACCUUUUGCUGUGUGCACUGGAAUAAAAGACAAAGUAAACAGUUUUUUUUUUUUUUCAUCAUGGAUUGUCAAGAAAAUGAGUACCGGGACCAAUGGGGGCGCUGUGUCACCUGCCAACAAUGUGGCCCUGGACAGGAGUUGUCUAAGGAUUGUGGUUAUGGAGAAGGUGGAGAUGCACACUGCAUAGCCUGCCCUCCCCGAAAGUAUAAAAGCACUUGGGGACAUCACAGAUGUCAAACAUGCAUCACUUGUGCUGUCAUCAAUAGGGUCCAGAAGGCCAACUGCACAAAUACCUCUAAUGCUAUCUGUGGAGACUGUCUGCCCAGGUUCUACCGAAAAACACGCAUUGGGGGCUUGCAGGACCAAGAAUGCAUCCCAUGUACAAAGCAGACUCCUUCUUCUGAGGUUCAGUGUACCUUCCAGUUGAGCUUAGUGAAGGUAGAUGCACACACUGUUCCCCCUAAGGAAGCCACACUUGUUGCACUGGUGGGAAGUCUGCUAGUGGUAUUUGCCCUGGCCUUCCUUGGACUCUUCUUCCUCUAUUGCAAGCAGAUCUUCAACAGACAUUGUCAGUGUAUUGCAGGAGGUUCGUUGCAAUAUGAGGCUGAAAAGGCCGUGGAGGAGGAUUCUCUUUUCCCCAUGCCACCUGGCCAAGAGACCAGUCCUGAAUUUCCAGCGAAUGAGAACAUCUUUGAGAUCAAGCCACUUAACUCCAUCCUAGAUGAUGACUGCAGCUCCACUCGCGGCUUCCCCACUCAGGAGUCCUUUACCAUGGCCUCUUGCGCCUCAGAGAGCCAUUCUCAAUGGGUCCACACCCCCAUUGAAUGUACAGAGCUGGACCUGCAAAAGUUUUCCAGCUCUGUCCCCUCUACUGGAGCUGAAACCUUGAGAGAGAACACAGCCGAAUACUCAGGAGACAGGCUUGAGCUCUAUGUACCUUUUGAAGUUCCAACCCUUUAACUACCAUGGUGAGCUAGAAAGGUAUGGCUAAAGGACCAGAAGGUGCAGGCCACCUUCAUGACAUUUCCAAUCUAGGUUCUCUUGUUCCAUAGGGCUUGGAUGGAAGAAUAGCAUGAAACUAGGACCAAUAGAGGUUGGAGAGGCAACAGUUGGGGCACUAAACUUUUGAGCUAAGUUUACAUUGGACUUCUAAGACAACAAUUGUCUGGUGACCAGGCAGGUUGACAUGAGGCCAGUUUCUUCAUCCAGACCCCACUAUCAACCAGUCAUGUUCAAUUUUCUCUUUCAUGUUUAUAAGCAGCUCAACUCUGUAGAGAUAUGCGGCUCCAUAUUCAGUGAAAUACCAAUUCCUGAAUAGCUGUAUACACUUGUGCAAAUCAUUUUACUUCUUUCAGACACAGAGCCUUCAGCUCAUAAUUUUUCUUGAGGUUUGAAUGAAAGCAUAUGAAAGUGCCCUUCACAGUGUCUACAUGGUAGGCCCCGUUUUUCCUUUUCCUAUGCUCAGUCACAAAUUAGAAAUUCCUUUUAUAUCAGCUACAUUUUAUUCUGAACUUCAUAACUUUAUCCCUCUGUGGUAGGCAAAUCAGAAAUAUGUUAAUCUCACUUUAAACAAACAGGAAUGGAGCAACAGAGAUAAAAAGUGAUUCGCUUAAAAUCACAGAACAGCCCAAUCUCAGAAAUAGACUAGAACUCAGGAUUAGCAGUUCCAUUAUAGAACUGAUUCAAACCCAUCACUGAAUUUGAAAUAUAUGUGUAUGUAUCUCAAUAUAUGUCUCAUAUACAUAUGUGUGUAUGUACAUAUCUUUGAGGAAAACAAGAACACAUAUAGAGCCUGAAAGUAUUUCAUAAUUGUAUUCUUAAUACAAUCUGUCAUGUGUGAUCAAGUGUGAAAAUUUUCACUUAUGGUGUUGUGUCAAAUUGUAUAAAGUUUUGAGCAUUUGGGGAUUUGAAUCUUUUAAUUUUGGAUUAAGGAUCCCCAAUCUAUUUCUUCAUUAAAAAAGUAUGUAAUU